AUGAGUGAAAGAGGAUCGGAAAUCAUCUACCGAGCGGAGAAUGUCCCGGUACGGUUCUUCAAAGCAUGUCGAUGGUGCAGAAGGCAGAAAAUGCGCUGCGAUGCGCGUAGCCAAGUCCCUUGCUUCCGCUGUCGGUCCACCGGCCGAGAUUGUAUAUUGGAUCCUAUCGACGACGGUCGUCGACGACAUGAUCGCCGACGGAAAACAACAACCCCAGCAAGAAAUCAAUCAACUGCCUCACCGCUCGACCAGCGGACCGGGUUUCAUACUCCGGCGUCAAGAGAGCAAGGAUUCUCUCCCGCCAACGCGCAAGACGGCGGGUUUGACACUUCCAUUGACUCUUUACCCGACGCAACAGGUCUGAGCAGUCUACAAAGGUCUUAUGCCAGUGAUCAAAAUGGACCAGACUCUCAACAGCUAAGCCCUAAUGAGAUGAUCGCACCAGCAUCAGCAGUGCACUCCAUGUCUGUGAAUUUGCUGGGCACAAAUGAUAUUUUCCUGGAAAACUCAACAAAAGGUGACCCCAGAGGUGAUGUGAUCGCCCGAGAAAUCGUCAGCGAGGAGCUCGCCCGAGUCAUGUACGAAAGGUUUACGGGUGGCUCAAAAAACUAUCUUCCACUCUUCGACCCAAUACGAGACACUUUUGACUCUAUUCGAUCCCGCUCAUUGUUCUGCUUUACUGUCAUCAUCUACCUUGCCAGUCGCGCUGUGACAGACUUACGGGGAGAUACGCAUAUGCAGCGUGUAUUGCAAGAUGAGGCACAGCGCCUAGCGGAGGACAGCUUCUUUGAGCGACCAACGAAGCUUGAAACAGUUCAAGGCAUGAUUCUUCUGGCAGCCUAUUCCGAGAAGACUUGGUUUUCCAUUGCACUCAUUCUCCGCACUGCUCUCGACUCAGGGUUGGAAAAGUCCUUGGAUACUUUGCUGUCACAGGAAAGCGUACCCCGAAGCUCUUUGUCUGCAUCUAUGGCCGAGCGCCAACUGGUGUGGCAGACCAGGACCUGGCUGAUUAGCUUCACGUUGGAGUUGGAUGUUGCAUCUGGCACUGGACGCAAGUCACGCAUUGCUGAAGUUGACGUAGGAAAGCUACGCAAGUUCUUAGAUUAUCCACUCUCGCUGCCCUGUGACAUGCGGACUGUUUGCAUCAUAGAGCUCCAUCAACUUCGAGGCCAAUCCCGCAUGAUAAUCGAUGGCGCAUCUACGAUCAGCGAUAUUGUGUCUACAGAAUUACCAGCUAUUAUGACGAGACUUCAAAACUGGUGGACUAAUUGGGACGAGAUUCAUGAAAACAAUGGCUUCCAUAUAGGAGCAUUCCAACGCAGCAGCCUGAAGCUUAUGCUUCACUAUGCUAGAAUAUUCGUGUUCUGUGCAUCGCUGGCACGGAUUCAAAAGCUGAAGCCUGCGUAUGCCGAUUCGAGUUCUGAAAUCCUUGAUCCGAACGUGCUGGGCCUGUGGCAAUCCCUUGUCACUACCAUCAUGGAUCAGUUAGGCUUCUUGAUCAAUGAGCCCUCAUAUCGCUGUCAAUUACCUUGGGCACCAACUUACCCUGCACUCACCAUUGCGUUCAUUACAACGUUUGCCCUCCGAAUUGCGAGAUGGCGUCCGAGUCUGAUCAAUCAAAGUUUGCUGCUGGAGAGGGCAGAGAGGAUCUGCGAUUUUCUCAAGCAGCCGCCGUACCCUGAUAUCCACCGCACCGUUUCAAUCUUUGUCAACUAUGCACGCGCUUUGAUUGCGAGCCAGCGUCCCCAAAGCAGCCACGGCUCAGAUGGACCUAUCAUGGGCGAUCAAAAUGAUGGGCCACAUCAAGAGUACCAAAGGCCUGAUAGCCCUAUGAUUAAUGCAUCUGAUCCAGGAGUGGGUCCCCUCGACGAUCUUCGCUACAGAGCCGGGCUGACGAUGCAGACCGACAAGGUUGCGAACAUGGUCACCAUGCCAAGUAGUGAUAUAUCGACGGCGGCCAAAGCACCCUUACCCAGGAUACCAGGUACGAUGGAAGCACCUAACUGGACAGUUUCGAAUUCCAUUGCCGAUUCCUUUGGACUUUUUGAGGAAGGGCAGAACGACAUAUUUGAUUUCUUACCCAUGAUGCCAUCGAUGCCACAGUGA